CCUCGACCUUUUCCUUCUUCCUCUAUCCGGUUAUGGAGAUCUGCCAUAAAGACAUUUAAACGCUGCUGCGCUCCAAAACACGGGAAAUCUCAACUUAGGAAAGCAAAAUUCAACCUUACUUUAAACGCAUAAGUCAAGAUGCCAGUGGCUGUCGGUCCAUAUGGCCAGACCCAGCCGAGCUGUUUUGACCGGGUCAAAAUGGGCUUUAUGAUGGGGUUUGCAGUAGGCAUGGCUGCUGGUGCCAUGUUUGGAACUUUCUCCUGUCUCAGGAUCGGCAUGCGCGGCAGGGAGCUAAUGGGAGGAGUAGGGAAAACCAUGAUGCAGAGCGGAGGUACGUUCGGCACCUUCAUGGCCAUCGGUAUGGGCAUCCGCUGCUGAGGAACAGCCUUCUCCACCUCCACACAACUAUACAGCUAUGGGACUUUUCAAAUCAUUACAACCACAGAUCUCUGUCCGCUCAGUGCUGUCACCACCUCAACCUGCAGAGUCAUUUUGUCAAUAAAAAUUCAGAUUUAUCAAAUGA